UGUGUUUAAACUUACGAGAGAGAGAGAGAGAGACAGACAGACAGAGGAAGACAGAGAAAGUUUCUAAGGAAGGGGAAGACAGCUUUUUUAUUACUUACUUUAGCCUACUUAACUUCUGCCUGUGGACAAAGACAAAAGGAGGUUCUACUUCUUACACUUUCUUGCUCACAUCCGUACACUUGACAAGAAUUGGUAAAGUACAUUUUAUUUGAAAUUCUUUCACAUGCAUCAUUAACCUUUGCUGAUGUUUAGAAGGUCUGUGCACCUAAUGUUCACACAUUAGGUUUUGUGCAGGCUUAACGUGCAAACAAAGUAACAUGGAAGUAGUUUGUCAGAGUUAUGUGGUAUUUUAAUGUGAUUUUGUUAAUGUGAUAGUGUUUGAACGAUGUGGAGAAACCAUUAGAUUGGUGUGUAUGUGUGUGUGUGUGUGUGAGUGUGUGUGUGUGUGUGUGUGUGUGUGUGUGUGUGUGUCUAUGUGUGUGUGUGUGUGUGUGUGUGUGUGUGUGUGUGUGUGUGUGUGUGUGUGUGUGUGUGUGUGUGUGUGUGUGUGUGUGAUAUCGCAAAUGAGCGUGGGGUUACAUGCAAGGAAAAGGGAAAAAUUCAGUUGCCUAGUGAUGACAUACCUAAGUAUGUUGAGGACCAUAUAGUUUCGAAAGGAUGAGCUAAAUGAAAUGGUAUGUGGGUGAGUAGACGGUGAUGUGGUGCUGGUGCUGUAGGUUCCAGGCACAUACUCUGUGAUCUAAAACCAGUUUUGUUUUUAUUGUUUUGAUUGGCACUGUUAGGCAGUGAUCAUGUUACAAAGUAUGGUGUGGUAGGUGCAACCAUUUGCUCUGUCACAGUAAUAACAACACCCACGCCUUCUCAGGAAACGUUAAGUGCUGCAAAGCCGGCAGGCUAGGAAUCCUCAGGUCAAGAAGGUGAAGAAGAUGUUUCCUUACGUUCAGCUAAUUCUACUGUACAGGGUGCCCCACAACAUGGAAAGGACCUACUGUUUAAACAAUUGCCAACUAUGGCCUCGCAGAAGAAAGCCAAGUCGACAAGUGGUCGCCCAGAGGGGCCCUAUCGGGACGUGGAGGCCUUGGAUGGUCUAGCACACAUGGAAUUUGAGGGGAAGGACACGUUGGAUAAACUGUUUGACCAUGCGGUGCAACGCUUUGGCAAGGCUCCGUGUCUGGGUACUCGAGACGUCAUGAGCGAGGAGAGCGAGACACAACCCAAUGGGAAGGUCUUCAAGAAGUUGGUGCUGGGUCAGUAUCACUGGAAGUCUUACGAGGAGGUGAGCCAAGCGGUCGGCCAUUUUGGCCGCGGGCUCGCAGCUCUGGGCCAGCAGCCGAAGAAGAGCAUCGCCAUCUUCUGCGAGACGCGAGCCGAGUGGAUGAUUUCAGCACAGGCCUGCUUCAGACACAACUUCCCCAUGGUGACACUGUAUGCUACGCUGGGGGAGGACGCAGUGGAGUAUGGUCUGAAUGAGUGUGAGGCCACGCACCUUAUCACAAGUGUGGAACUUUUGGAGACCAAGCUAAAGAAUAUACUCUCCAAAGUCCCGGCUCUGACCAAUAUAAUAUACGUAGACGAGAAGGAUGUGAGUACAGACGGCUAUCCCGAGUCUCUCGUCAUCCAGAGUAUGCAGUCAGUCAUAGACCUGGGAGGCAAACCUGAAAACUUGAAUGUGGCAGUGGAGCGGCCUGCACCCUCUGACCUGGCCAUCGUCAUGUACACCAGCGGCUCCACGGGCACCCCCAAAGGAGUCAUGAUCGCCCACAGCAACACCAUCUCUGGCAUGGCGGGGCAGUGCCACAGGAUCCCUGGGCUGGGACCCCAGGACACAUAUAUCGGUUAUUUGCCACUUGCCCAUGUGCUUGAACUGACUGCCGAAAUGUCGUGCAUAACCCACGGCUGUCGUGUCGGCUACUCCUCACCCCAAACGCUCUCAGAUGAGUCCACCAAGAUCAAAAAAGGCAGCAAAGGAGACUGCUCGGUACUUCAGCCCACACUGAUGGCCGCUGUGCCGGAGAUAAUGGAUCGUCUACACAAGGGGGUGAUGGGCAAGGUUCAGGAGAUGAGCUAUGUGAAGCGGACUCUGUUUAAACUGGGAUACGACUACAAGCUACAGCAGCUCAAGCAGGGAAAGGAUACACCUAUUUGCAAUACGCUGCUGUUUAAGCAGGUGAGGGCGUUGCUGGGGGGCAACAUAAGGAUGAUGUUGUGUGGUGGAGCCCCCCUGUCCCCCUCCAGCCAGUACUUCAUGAACGUCUGCUUCUGCGUCCCCGUACUCCAGGGAUACGGCCUCACAGAGACCUCCGGUGCCGCCACCAUCACAGAGGCCUAUGAUUAUACGACCAAAAGAGUUGGGGCUCCUCUUAUCUGCUGUGAGAUCAAACUGCGAGACUGGACCGAGGGUGGCUACACCAGUGAGGACAAGCCCAAUCCCAGAGGCGAGAUUGUGGUUGGCGGGCCCAAUGUGACUUUGGGCUACUACAAAAACGAGCAGCUGAACCAAGACUUCCUGGUGGAUGAAAACGGUCAGCGCUGGUUCUGCACGGGAGACGUCGGAGAGUUUCAUCCUGACGGCACUUUGCAAAUUGUUGAUCGUAAAAAGGACUUGGUGAAGCUCCAGGCUGGGGAGUAUGUGUCCCUGGGAAAGGUGGAGGCGGUGCUGAAAUGCUGCCCCCUCAUUGACAAUAUCUGUGUGUAUGCCAGCAGUGACCAGAGCUACGUGAUCAGCUUUGUGGUGCCCAAUCAGAAGCAGUUGAAGGCCCUGGCCGCCAAGAGUGGCAUUGAAGGGGAGAUGGGCGAGCUCUGCAGCCAUCCCAAGAUGGAGGAAGAGGUUCUGAAGGCCAUGAAGGAAGCUGCCACAGCCAGUAAGCUGCAGAGGUUUGAGAUCCCAACAAAAGUGUGUCUAAGUUCAGAGCCGUGGACUCCCGAGACAGGACUGGUCACUGAUGCCUUCAAGCUGAAGAGGAAGGAGCUCAGGCGUCACUACAUGUCAGACAUCGAGAGGAUGUACGGAGCAAAGUAGAAACCAACUGCCAGAACGGAGAAUGACUUGUAGUACUAAAAAGCUAUUGUUGGACUAUAUGUAGCUGGAAUUAUAGCUGCUGCUGUUAUUUCAUUAAUUUAAAUGAGAGGGAAAUAUAUAUUUUUGUGUGUAAAUACAGCAUUGUGUUUACGUUCUGUGUAGGCCUAUGAUUGUUGGUCUGUAAUAUUUGGGAGUCCCAGCUGGUGUAAAUAAGAUCUCCCAAUUACUGAAAUUAUAGGCUACUGUUCUAAAUUAGACAUAAAGUGUCAAACACAAGUGUAGCGACAGCCACAGUGCAGAAGCAUCUGUUUAUUUCAUUCUGCUCUUAAUACGCAACCUGGAGGAAUGUAUCUGUAUAUUCAUUUGUCUCUUUAUACGGUACGGCUGCGGCGUAUAUUUGGAGCAUACUGCCUCCUAGAGGGCAUCUAGUGUUAACGUUUAUUGUUGUUACAUAACACACACUUCCUGCCAGUUUUAUUUUUAUACAUCGUAGGUGAUGACAUAUGUUUUGUUAUUUCUGUGUAGCAUGUUUUCUAAUAAACAAUUGUGUUUAACUCUUUACAACACUGAAGCAGUUGUAUUUUUAAUUGUAUUUUAAUCUAAAUUAGUUUUCAAGCAUUUCUAUAGUGUUCAGAUAUGAAAUUGUACAAAAGCAUUGUGGCACAUCACUUUCUUAAUCAUCCCCUAGACAUGAACAUAAACAAAUACACACCACAAAAUAAAAAAAUAAAUACAGAACUGGUAAAUA